AGAAUGGAAGCUGUACAUGUACAGUACAUAUGCUUUAUCCCGCCCUCCCGCGACUUUGCAUCGCACAGCGGCAGCGGCAGCAUCCGUCCUCGUCCUCGUCCUCGUCCUCGUACUCCCAAAUUGGCUCAGGCGCGUCCCGGCUCCUCUCAUCCUGGCAAUCACUCCCGGUGAUUAACGUUCGGUUCGCCCGUAGGGUUAGAGUACUGGAGGCUCGCAGCUGCAGCUGUGCAUGGUGACGAAUCGCUCCAAGUCUGGGAGUUGGGCAUGUCUGGGGGAUGCUGGCGACGCUUGGCACUGGGCCGCAGCUGACAGGCGCUGGGAGCUGGGAGCUGGGAGCUGCGUUGGGAACUGCUCGCAAAGAUCGUCCGUGCCUCCUCCCGGUGCCGCCGUGCCGCCGACGCGGAUUGUGCCUCCGAGUCGGCACUGGCCAGCUGGCCGGAUCAGCUGAUUGCUGUGAAUUAAACUUGGUUUUGUUUAUUCCAGCUGUCUCUGUGGACACUGCAGCAAGCGACGCUGCCGCCUGCCUACGGCACGCCGGAUGGACCGGGCAGGCACCGCCCUGCCCCACCCAAGCUGCCGUACAGUAUCUGCCGUUGUUGACGGCAUGGCGAGGAGAGAGCGCGAGAUGUCACAGCCACUCAGAGUAUCGAGGCGACUGUGUGGCGGGGAGAUUUGAGAUUUUCUCAUCAUCGAUAUCAAGAGGGAGAGAGGGAGAUCUGUAUGCGCGUAGAUGGCGCAAUAGCCCUGAAAAGCCUAUGAGUGUCUCGGGAAGAGGGAGCAGGGAUACUGCGGUGGGGAGGUGGGGAGGGAGAAUAUUGCAAAGGGAGGAAAUGGAUCUUGAGAGGACUCGAGAGAUUGAACAAGAGAGAUGGAGUGACAGCAAGCAAGUACGACUCAUGUCGGAGGGAUACGAAUCCUGGUCUAAACUGGGUUUUGAGGAACCCUGCGGUGAUGUUUAUGCUGCCCAAAACGCACAUUACCAUCUUGCCAAGGUGGCCAAGACGCGCAUGGUGACUGCCACGCUGCCAAACCAGAGUGUGACUCGUCGACGACGACGUUUGUUGUUUCAUGCUGCAAGGACAUGUUUGGGGGUUGGGGGUUGGAGGACCUUGCGCUGGGUGACAGCCAUUAUGUGCGUAUCAGAAUAAAAUCGGUUGAUCAAUUGGACGGACGAUACGCAGGGAGGUUUUUUGAGCAACAAGGGGGGGUACGUAGGCAGAGGGCAGACGCGUGCUUUGUGCAUUGUGUUGAAGAAAAUGCUCUGCUCUUCGAGGUGUAACAUUCUGUAUAAUAAACUGCAUGCAG